AGGAAGUCCACAGCAGAUGGACCUCACCACCUGCGUGGGCGGAGAGGCCCCGGAUGAGAACACGUCCUUGAUGGACGCCAAGUGCAGCUCUGAAGACGACGUUGAGACAAACUGUACUGGCACUCUGCCACCCCCCCUGCCCACCUACACCCUCAGGAGGGAGGAGUUCAAGAGGUUCUUCAAGGAGGUGCCGGACUCCGAGAGACUUCUUGUGGACUACCCGUGUGCCCUGCAGAGAGACAUCCUCCUUCAGGGACGUCUUUACCUCACAGACAACUGGUUGUGUUUCUACAGCAACGUGUUCCGCGGCACCAAGUUUACCCUUCUCCUCAAAGACAUCGAGCAACUGACCAAGGAAAAAACCGCCCGUCUGAUUCCCAACGCCAUGGUUGUCCGCACCACAAUGGAGAGGCUCUUCCUCACUUCCUUCUCAGCGAGAGAGAAAAGCUACCUGGAAGUCUUCCGUAUGUGGCAGAACGCACUGAUGGACAAGCCGCUGACCCCUAAAGAGUCUCUUCAGAUGGUCCAACAGCAUUAUGGCACUGAACUGGGUCUGAGCCAUGAGGAGAUGGACAGCUUACGCUUUUCUGCUGAAUCCAGCAUGCAGAGCAGCGUGGCUGCAAGGUCUGCUGGUGGCGAUACGACCUUGGCCAGGCCUGAGACCUCCAGCCCUCAGGACAAGGACUUUCCCUCACCAAGUGACUCACGCAAGGUUGCCAUUGAGCACGACCAUCCUCGCACUUCUCUGGAUCGCUUCAUACCAGAGCGAGGCUCCAAGCGCUGCUCUCCUGCUCCUGAGCGCAGCACCACUGGUGAGCGAGGCUCCAAGCGCUGCUCUCCUGCUCCUGAGCACAGCAACAAUGGUGAGCGAGGCUCCAAGCGCUGCUCUCCUGCUCCUGAGCACAGCAACAAUGGUGAGCGAGGCUCCAAGCGCUGCUCUCCUGCUCCUGAGCACAGCAACAAUGGUGAGCGAGGCUCCAAGCGCUGCUCUUCUGCUCCUGAGCGCAGCACCUCUGGCGAGUCUGAGGACAGCGUGGAGGAAGAGGAGGGAGUGGGUGUGCCGCAGGAAGAGGGUCGCCGCUACCUCAACAGAGUCUUCCAUGUGAGCGCCAGCCGGAUGUUCCAGCUGCUCUUCAGCGACUCCGCCUUCAUUCGCAGCUUCAUGAACGUGCGCAAGAUAACUGAGCCCACCUUCACAGAGUGGCAGAAGAACCCAGCGGGGAACUCUGAGAGGAGCCUGAACUACACCAUCACCAUCAGCAACCCUCUGAUUGGCAAGUUCUCCACGGCGACGGAGAAGCAGACGCUGUACAAAGACUCGCAGGAUGGUCACUACUACCUGGUGGACUCUGAGGUGUACACGCACGACGUGCCCUACAGCGAGUACUUCUACACCCACAACCGAUACUACAUCCGACGCCACUCCAAGCACAAGUGUCGCCUGACGGUCUUCACCGACGUCAAGUACAAGAAGCAGCCCUGGAGUCUCAUCAAGUCUUUCAUCACCAAGAACUCCUGGAACGGGAUUGAAGAUUACUUUCGAGAACUGGAGACUGAACUUCUGGAGGAGGAGAAUGUCAUCACUCAGGGAGGCGGAGACUCCGGGAAGGUGGGCGGGCUGCUGCGGCGAAGGAGGCGGACCCUCAGCCGGACCUUGCUGCAACACAUGAAGCCCAACAAACCUGACCAGCACAGUGAUGGCGGCGUGCAGACCAGCAACCCUGCAAGAUGGAACCUGCCCAGCAUGGUGGCUGCCAUGAGUGUCAUUUUGCUGAUUGUGACUCUGCUCAACGUGGCUUUGUUCUACAAGUUGUGGGCCAUGGAGGACGUCGCACAACGCAUCUACCUGACCACUAAACAUCGCCUGAGGGACAGCGCUGUGCCCGAGUCCACUUCAAGACCAGGUCCUGCCUUCAUGACCGGAGAGGAGGCGCAGCUCCUCCAAAGCGUGCUGCAGAACUCCAUCAAGCUUCUAGAACAGCUGCGCACUUCUCUCAUAUUGCUGCAGCACAACUUUGCCAAUCAAACCAGGCAGUGACACCCCCCACCCCCCCACCCCCCACCCCCCUCGCUCCGCUGCCUGUUGAGAAAAUGCCAUGGCGUUGCCACGGUGACGCAUGCUAGUUUUUAAUGCUGCAGACUGAACUCUUAACAAUCACCUGCGCCAUAGUCGCAAAUGUAAAUAUGUUAUUUUGUCUCUCAUGGCCAGAAAGUCAAUCAUUAUUUCAAAUGUUUGUUUACAAGUUUGCACAUUUUAAUUUUUGCACAAGGGCUUUGAUGUGGACCACGCUCUGUUUUAGAUCAAUUUGAAUUCCUUGGAUUAAAUCGCAUGAUUUGCAACCAAUGUUGAGAAGGUGUUUUUUCUUUGGGCAGAAAUGUUGAGAAUGUCUUUUUUUGACAUUUACUUUGACAAAAUAAAAGUAAUUUCUCUUUUAUUAGAUAUUCCAAAAGGCAAUAAAAACACAUUUGUUUGAUUUAGUGUUAACACAAUGUUGCAGGUUUUAUUCAGUCAUUAUUUCUGCUACUUUGGCAAAAAGACUUGAGUGUUUAUUGACUAAAGAUAUGCUG